ACGCUAUCCUCUCCUUCUCUUCCUCUCACCGUCUUUCUCUUUUCUCAAUGCUCUGUUUCCUCUGAGCAAUGAUAUAAAGAAAUCUGGGAUAGGUCAUUGACAUAGCCACUGAACCUUCUGGGGAAUUUGAUUGGUCAUUUCUGUGUGUUUUAAAGAAAUGGGGUUCUUCUCAUUGGUGACAGGAAGGCCUGGUGCAAGUGGGUUUGGAUCAUCUUCAACUGCUGAGCAAGUCACUAAUGGGAUUGAUGCAAGAAACCUCACCGCCAUUGUCACUGGCGGGGCGAGUGGGAUUGGACUGGAGACGGCAAAGAUCUUGGCUCUUCGAAGAGCCCAUGUCAUCAUUGCUGCUAGAAACGUUGAGGCUGCAAACAAAGCGAAACAGCUCAUUCUUGAAGAGAAUGAGAAAGCACGAGUGGAUGUGCUACAGCUUGACCUCUGCUCAGUCAAGUCUGUUAGAGCAUUUGUUGAUAGCUUUAUUGCACUUGAUCUUCCUCUCAACCUCUUAAUAAACAACGCUGGUGUUAUGUUCUGCCCUCACCAGCUUUCAGAAGAUGGGAUAGAGCUGCAGUUUGCUACCAAUCAUCUUGGUCAUUUUCUCUUGACCAACCUCCUCCUGGAGAAAAUGAAGAACACGGCUAAAACCACCGGCAUUGAAGGCAGAAUUGUGAACCUGUCAUCGAUUGCUCACGUACACACCUACAACAAUGGGAUUCGAUUUGAAAGGAUCAAUGAUCGAAGUGGUUACUCGGACAAAAGAGCAUAUGGCCAAUCCAAACUAGCCAACAUACUCCAUGCUAAUGAGCUCUCUCGUAGGUUGCAGGAAGAAGGUGUGAACAUCACAGUCAACUCAGUCCACCCAGGAAUAAUAAUGACACCUCUCAUGAGGCACUCUGCUUUUCUAAUGAAAACUUUGAGGUUUUUCACCUUCUGCAUUUGGAAGAAUGUUCCUCAGGGAGCAGCCACAACAUGCUUUGUAGCACUGCAUCCAAAAAUGAAGGGCGUGACCGGAAAAUACUAUGUGGACUGCAACGAGAUGAAGCCGAGCUCCUAUGCUAGAAAUGAGAAGUUGGCGAAAAGACUGUGGGACUUCAGCAACAAAUUGAUUGAUGGAGCUUCUGUUAAAGGUUGAUGAUCAGAAACAGCUUCUUCUAUAAGUACGUUGAUGAGAAACACCCUGGGAAAAUCUGUGAUCAAGUAGUACUAGUAUCAUAUAUGAGCCCGCAAUGCUGGAGUGAGUUGUGGGAUUAAUGUGAGUGUGCAACUGCAAUGGUCCAUGCUAUAGGACGUCGUUGUUUGGUUACUGUUUGUUGAUAGUUGUUGUAUUGUUUCAUUUAUUUAUUGUGUGCUGUUUAUCAUAAUGAUACUGGACCUCCUUGGUUUUCAGUUAACAUAAUAUGGUUGAUCUUU